AUGACGAAUGGCGGUGGUGUAAGGGCCUUAUUUGCUGGUGUCGUACCACGAGUUGUGAAAAUUGCCCCAUCUUGUGCUGUGAUGAUUGGCUCAUACGAGUACUUCAAAGGGUAUUUUGCACGUCGCAACAAGCGACAAUAA